GAGGAAGAGAGAUUGAGGAAGACGUCGACGCCUCGACUGUCGACCGGAGAUUCUCAGUCGUCGGAGCCGACGACGACGACCGGUGAGGAACGAACUCACGAACACUCGAACAGGAAGCGAAGCGACGGCUGAGCGAAGCCGGUGCACCGCCACCCCCACCGCCCACGCAUCGCCGAUUACUCGACUCGCCGGCCGCCCGACUCCCGACGCCCAUUACAUUUUUUAGUCAGUUUGUCGAAUUUUGUCCCCCACUUUGAGAAUCCUGGCUCCACCAACCCAGCCCUGGCAUCCCACUAAUUGACUAACCAGGUCCACCGCAGUUGUCUUGAAACUAAAGCGGGGGUAAUUGACUGCAAGCGCAUCCGCUUAGUUUCUCCUGUAGGAAGCCAUGAUGAAAUACGAAGUAGAGAGAGGUUUCAUAGGAGCAGGCUGCAACAGAAUCGUUAACAAUGUUUCAUGGGGCGCCUCUAAUUUCGUUGCUUUUGGUGCUCAUAAUGCCGUCGCUAUUUUCUGCCCCCAGAGAGCACAAAUUUUGACAACACUUCCUGGUCAUAAGGCUGCUGUUAACUGCACUUAUUGGCUUCCUACUUCCAAGUUUGCUUUCAGAGCUCAACAGCUAAGGCAACAUUAUUUGCUCUCUGGAGAUGCUGAUGGCACCAUCAUGCUAUGGGAAAUCUCUCUCACAGAUGAAAAGUGGCGUCAUGUCUUGACAUUACCCCAACCACACAAGAAGGGUGUCACAUGCAUCUCCGGAACAAUGUUUUCUGCAACUGAAGCAAUUUUUGCUUCAACUUCUUCUGAUGGUACUGUGAACAUCUGGGAAAUCAUCAUGCCAUUGACUGCUGGAGGGGACUUUGAAUUGUUGUAUCUUGAAUCUCUCUCUAUUGGUUCAAAAACAAUGGUUGCACUUGCAUUAGCAGAGUUUCCUGAUAAUACAGGGCAUGUGAUCCUUGCCAUGGGAGGUUUGGAUAACAAGGUUCAUCUGUAUAGCAGAGAGAGGUCGGGAAAGUUUAUUCGUGCUUGUGAACUGAAAGGACAUUCAGAUUGGAUUAGAAGUCUGGACUUCUCCUUGCCUAUAGGCAAAAAUGGGCCAAGAGAAAAUUUGUUGCUUGUGAGUUCAUCUCAGGAUAAAUCUAUACGCAUAUGGAAAAUGGUUUUAUGUGAAUCCUUGGGUAACUCUGAGAGAAAAGAUGUAAUAGGCUUAGCGUCAUACAUUGAAGGUCCUCUAUUUGUUUCUGGCUUAUCAACCUAUCAGAUAUCGCUGGAGUCUCUCCUCAUUGGACAUGAAGAUUGGGUGUAUUCAGUCCAGUGGCAGCCACCUUCUAUUGCAUCCGCAGAGAGGGGAGGAUACAUGCAACCUCAAAGCAUUUUAUCUGCAUCUAUGGACAAGACAAUGAUGAUCUGGAGACCUGAGAGGACUUCUGGCAUCUGGAUGAAUUUUGUUACUGUUGGGGAGCUUAGUCACUGUGCUUUGGGAUUUUAUGGAGGGCACUGGAGUCCAUACGGGGAUGCCAUUUUGGCGCAUGGAUAUGGUGGGUCUUUUCAUCUCUGGAAAGAUGUUGGUAUCGAUUCUGAGAAUUGGCAGCCGCAGAAAGUUCCUUCUGGUCAUUAUGCAGCUGUAUCAGACAUUGCAUGGGCCAGAUGUGGUAAAUUUUUGCUAUCAGUCAGUCAUGACCAGACAACUCGAAUCUUCUCUCCUUGGUUGAGCCAUAUGGGAGACAGGUGCUCCUGGCAUGAAGUUGCUCGUCCGCAAGUUCAUGGUCAUGAUAUUAAUUGUGUGGCGAUCAUACAAGGGAAAGGGAACCACCGCUUUGUUUGUGGAGCUGAUGAGAAAGUGGCCAGAGUUUUUGAAGCCCCUUUAUCAUUUUUAAAGACAUUAAAUUAUGCUGUUUCGUCAGGAUCUGACGUCCAGGAAGACAUUCAGCUGGGUGUUCAAAUCUUAGGGGCUAAUAUGUCUGCUCUUGGAUUAUCGCAGAAACCUAUAUAUGUUCAUGCAGAAGAGACUCCAAAGAGACCUGACACUGAUGUGGUUGACACACUUGAAACUGUUCCUGAUGCAGUACCAGUAACAUUGACUGAACCACCUAUUGAGGAGCAACUGGCAUGGCAUACAUUGUGGCCGGAAUCGCACAAGCUUUACGGUCAUGGAAAUGAAUUGUUUUCUUUAUGUUGUGACCACAGCGGAAAGCUUGUCGCUUCCUCUUGUAAGGCUCAGACAGUUUCAGUAGCAGAAAUAUGGCUCUGGGAGAUUGGAUCAUGGAAAGCUGUUGGUCGCUUACAGUCUCAUAGCUUGACUGUGACACAGAUGGAAUUUUCUCAUGAUGACAGUUUACUUUUGUCUGUCUCUAGGGAUCGCCAGUUCUCUGUUUUUUUCAUAAAAAGAAAAGGUUCGGAGGAAAUCAGUUAUGAGCUUCUAGCGAGGCAAGAGGCCCACAAGAGAAUUAUAUGGGCAUGCUCUUGGAAUCCUUUUGGCCAUCAAUUUGCAACUGGUUCAAGAGAUAAGACCGUGAAGCUAUGGUCGGUAGAGAACAAUAAAACUGUCAAACAGCUAUCAACUUUGCCACCAUUUCCGUGUAGUGUUACUGCCAUUUCUUGGCUCGGUGUUGAACGUAAAACCAAUCAUGGUUUACUAGCAGUUGGAUUGGAAAACGGAUUCAUAGAACUGUGGGAUCUUUUGGCUAGAACUGAAGAUAAUUGCGCGGCAGGUGCAGGAUUUGAAGCUAAUGUUGUUGCACGCUUGGAUCCAUUCAUGUGCCAUGCCUCUACUGUGCAGCGUUUAGCAUGGAGAAACACAGAAAAGGUAGAAGACGGCCAAAAGAUCCAAUUGGCUUCGUGUGGGGAUGAUAAUUGUGUACGUGUCUUUGAGGUGAAUGUUGGCAAAUGCUAGGAUUUUCUCAAUGAUUGUGUUGCCGAGGCAUGUUCAUCUGCCAAAAUUAUGCGGUACUUUAUUUUGCUUACUAAGUAAGUCUUGUAUAAGUCUGUCUUACAAUGAUAUUAAUAUAAGACUAUCUUAUUAUCUAAA